GAAUGCAGGGUGCGGGGAGAAUGCAGGGUCGGAUAUAGUGAAUGCAGGGUCUGGGAGAGCAGAUAUAUAGUGAAUGCAGAGUCCAUGGAGACCGGAUAUAGUGAAUGCAGGGUCCGAGGAGACCAGAUAUAUAGUGAAUGCAGGGUCUGGGAGACCAGAUAUAGUGAAUGCAGGGUCUGGGGAGACCAGAUAUAGUGAAUGCAGGGUCUGGGGAGACCGGAUAGAGUGAAUGCAGGGUCCGGGGAGAGCGGAUAUAGUGAAUGCAGGGUCCGGGGAGAGAUAUAGUGAAUGCAGGGUCCAUGGAGACCGGAUAUAGUGAAUGCGGGGGGGAGAGCGGAUAUAGUCCGGGGAGAGCGGAUAUAGUGAAUGCAGGUGUAAGCCGAUACAGUGAAGUCACGAACGAGGAAAGCAACCCCAACACCAGCUUUUGUCACAACAG